AAGAUAGAAAAUAAUAUUUUUGAGGGAAUGACAUAUCGAUUUUAUAUUUUAUUAUUAUUUCACUUUGUAUUUGAUAUAAUUUUUGUGAUAAUAUAUCAGAUAGUGCAGAAGUGUUCGACUACAAUACUCAAAAAUGGCGCAUGAUACGAGUAUGUAGUAUGCCUUCUAGAAGAGCCCGUUUUGGGGUCGAGUCCUGAAUAAUCUUUUAUAUGCGGUUCGUACUGGUAUGUCAGUGGCGGUAUCACAAAAUGCAGCUGUCACAACUGCAUCAUACGAAAUUUGUUACAUACUCGUUUAUUGAAUUAAAAAAUGAUACAAAUUUGGAAGUUAUUUUCAAAGAAAAGCGAGAACAAAAAGAAUACUUCGAAUUUUGGAAUUUAGUGCCAGGAAAAUACAAAACCAUACAAAAAUGUGCUCACUUUUUGCUAACAAUGUUCACAUCAACAUUUUUAUGUGAAACUUCAUAUUCAAAAAUGAAAUAUGCAACGAAUGUGUACAGAAAUCGGCUUACUGAUUCACAUCUUGACGACUUGUUAAGAGUAGCAUGCAGCAACUACAAACCAGUUUUAUCCAAAAUAGUGAAAGAAUUAUCUCAAUAUCAAAAUUCACACUAAUUUAAAAUAAAUAUUUAAUUUUUUUACAAUAAAUUUUCAAAUGUUGUACACAAUAUAAAAAUGUAUUUUUAGUUUUUUUUUCCGUUCCGUUCAUUUAGACUUGCGGCCCGCGUAAUAUUUUAAAAUAUUUUAUGUGGCCCAAAUGAAAAAAAGGUUGAGUAUGGCUGCAGUAUAGAGCUUGAAAUAUUAUCAUUUUAUAAUUCUAACAAUGUCGCAUAAUAAAUUAAA